UCUUUUCUCUUCUCUCCGCAGACAACCCCAGAGAUUCAGAGGCCUUAGGCGGUACAAGGUACAAAAGGAUGACAACCAGGUUCAAGAAGAACAGGAAGAAGAGAGGGCACGUCAGCGCCGGCCAUGGCCGGAUCGGCAAGCACCGGAAGCACCCCGGUGGUCGCGGAAAUGCUGGAGGUAUGCAUCACCACCGCAUCCUUUUCGACAAGUACCACCCUGGCUACUUCGGGAAGGUCGGAAUGAGGUACUUCCACAAGCUCCGCAACAAGUUCUACUGCCCCAUAGUCAACAUCGACAAGCUGUGGUCCAUGGUGCCUCAGGAUGUGAAGGACAAAGCCUCUCCUGAUAACGCCCCUCUCAUCGACGUCACUCAGUUCGGCUACUUCAAGGUUCUGGGCAAGGGCGCGUUGCCUUCCUCGCAGCCAAUCGUCGUGAAGGCCAAGCUCGUCUCUAAGAUAGCCGAGAAGAAGAUCAAGGAAGCCGGUGGUGCCGUUGUUCUCACCGCCUAGGUUUUGAAUCUUUCCUUGUUCCGUCCUUUCAUUUAUUUUGUUUAUCAAUGGAAGUUGUUAGCGGUUUUUUGUUGAAUUGAAUUACAAUGAAUUUUGUUUGGGUUGAUGCGCAAUGUUAUCCUUUUUUAUACUCCA